CGCCAAACACCAAGGAGCAAGUCAAACCACAGGAUGCCUCCUCGCGCGUAUUCGAAGACCUCUCGUGUCCCCCGCAGACCCUUCGAGGCUGCCCGACUUGACUCCGAGUUGAAGCUCGUUGGCGAGUAUGGCCUGCGCAACAAGCGUGAGGUCUGGCGAGUCGGUCUGACUCUGUCCAAGAUCCGUCGUGCUGCCCGUCAGCUUCUUACCCUCGACGAGAAGGACCCCAAGCGUCUCUUCGAAGGCAAUGCCCUCAUUCGCCGUCUCGUGCGUGUCGGUGUCCUCGACGAGUCCCGCAUGAAGCUCGAUUACGUCCUGGCCCUGAAGAUCGAGGAUUUCUUGGAGCGCCGCCUCCAGACUUGCGUCUAUAAGCUAGGCCUUGCCAAGUCUAUCCACCACGCUCGUGUCCUGAUCCGCCAGCGCCACAUCCGUGUCGGCAAGCAGAUCGUCAACGUUCCUUCUUUCAUCGUCCGUCUCGACUCCCAGAAGCACAUCGACUUCGCUCUCACCUCGCCCUUCGGUGGAGGCCGCCCCGGCCGUGUCCGCAGAAAGAAGGCCAAGGCCGCCGAGGGUGGUGACGAUGGCGAGGAUGAGGAUGAGGAAUAAAUGUACCAAACUGUGCAUUGAUGGCUCUCCCACUUGUCUAGGACUGCUGGGACCGGAAUACCACUCAUGGGAAGGGGAUUCUCUUCAUAGCUUGCGGCGUUGGCCAGAGGAUAAAAAUGGAAUGAUUUCGCCGAAUGGUAACGACAAGAAAAAUGCUCAGGU